AUGGGUGGCACGACCGCGGCUUCCAGCGUGGACGUCGGAUCCAGCACAGGCACAGGCACGCGCGUACUUGCGCUCAUUGGCAGCGGUGAGAUCCGCAGCAGCCACAGCCAGUUCUUCAAGGGGCUGGCGGACGCGGGGCUAGAUGUGGAUGUCAGGGGCCACAAGGAGGACGGCCUGGCGGUGCGCCGCUUUGACCGCCUCCUGUACGACCACGUCGUGCUGUUCGCGCCCCACGCCAAUGUCUUUGGCGGAGACAUCUCGCGCUCCGAGCUCCUGGAUUUUGUCGACAACGGCGGCAACCUGCUAAUCGCGCUUGCACCCGGCGCCAGCGACGCCGUGCGCUCCCUCGCAUCGGACUGCGGCGUCGAGCCAGACGCACGCGGCGGGGCGCAGGCCGUUGACCACUUUAGCUUUCAGGCGGCGGGCGGCGCAGCCGAUGCAUCCCUCGUGGCUAUCAGCUCCUGGGUGGACAGCGACGCGAUCCUGGGGGCGGCGCGGCCUGCAGCGCCUGUGCUGUUCCGCGGCGUCGCUGCGUCAGUGCCCACGAGCAGCGAGCUGGUGACGGUGGUGCUCUCGGGGGACCCCACCACCUACACAGCGGAUCUCAAGCGCCCCGACGCGCCCUCCGGCCCCGCCGGCGCAGCGGCCGCGCUCGUGAGCGCCGUGCAGGCGCGCAACAACGCGCGCGUGCUGGUUUCGGGGUCCCUGGACCUGUUCAGUGAUGAGCUGUUUGACGCGGCCGUCGAGGUCGCAGACACCGGCAAGAGCUACCCGAAGUCUGGAAACCGUGCCUUUGCACUGGCGGCCGCGCUCUGGACGUUCCAGCGCCGCGGCGCGCUGCGUGUCGGCAUGCCGCGCCACCGCAACCUGGCGACCGGGGAGGAGGGCCCGCCACUGUACCGCGUCAACGAGGAGGUGGAGUUUGAGAUAGGCAUUGCCGAGGUGGAGGGUGACGUCACCAAGCCCUUCCAGUGCGUGGGAACAUUGGUGUAG